AUGACAUUCAUAGAUGAUAUAAACUUGUUUGAUAACGAUAUUGUCAAUACAGAAUAUCGGGAGCGCAAUAAGAGUCCUAGUCAGCAAUGGUAUUUUGAUGAAUUCUCUGGUGUUUACCGACAAAACAAUUUAAAUCAAUCCAGCCUGACAAAUAUAUCAACACCAAUGAAUCAAACCAAAUCAAAUGAGCCACCUUCUUUUGCAUUUCGAUUUUCUAUAGAUGAACCUUUAUCAAUUCUUUCUAGUGUAACAACAGAAGAAGGAGAAGACAACGAUGACGAUGAUGAAGAUCAAGAACCAUGGCCAGCGCCUACUUCCAUUGACGAAGUGUAUCGACUUUUAAAACGAGCUCGGGAUAGUCGAGAUCGACACAAACAACUAGAUCUCUGUCGCACAUUAAUGGACACAGCCUGUCGUACUGAAGCUUCCUCGUUUAUUACAUCGUCUCCUAUUCCUGGUACACCACCUGUCAACACAAGAUAUAGACAACAAGAGUUGCGCAGAAAAAAGAAGAAUAAUGACCUCAUAUUGGACGAAGUACUUGUACUGGAAGCACAAAAGAUUUUAAAACGACUUGCUUUAGGUGGAGGUGGAAUCGGUCAUGGCACAGAUGGUGAUGCUCAAUUCUUGCUUGCCAAUUGUUAUGGCGUUGGUGGACUAGGACUACCACUGAAUCGAGAAAGAGCGUUUUCACUCUACAUCCAUGCGUCUAAGCAAAAUCACGUAGAAUCAACCUAUCGAGCAGGCGUGUGUUACGAAAUAGGGAUUGGUACACGCAAAGACUAUCAUCGGGCCGUCACUUUCUAUAGAAAGGCAGCCAGUCAUUCUCAUGUGGCAAGCAUGUAUAAAUUAGCUGUGAUCUGUUUACGUGGUUUUUGUAACCAAACAAUUCAAAUACGAGAAGGUCUGACUUGGCUUCAACGAGCAGCUUCCAACAAAUACCCACAUGCACUCUUUACACUCGCCACUUUACAUGUCUCUAAAGAGUUUGCGAAUACGCAUUUUGUGCCUGAUAUGAGUUAUGCGCUUGAACUGCUUCACGAUUCUGCACAAGAAAACUAUUUGCCAAGUCAAGUUAAAUUAGGAGAACUUUAUGAGAUGGGGAACGAGCUAGUCGAGAUAGACGAUGCAUUGUCGAUCUAUUGGUAUACUCGUGCUGCUGAACAAGGCAAUGCCGAUGCAGCACUGGCAUUAUCUAGUUGGUACUUGACUGGAUCUACAGAUAUUCUUCCACAAUCAGACAGAGAAGCUUAUCUUUGGGCACGAAAAGCAGCAUCAAACCAAAAUGCGGAUAGAUGGACAAUUGCAAAGGCAUAUUUCCUUGUAGGCAUGUAUGUAGAAAGAGGGAUUGGAAUUGGCAAUAUUUCAUUAGAGGAUGCGAAUGUUUGGUAUAGACGUGCUGCUGCUCUUGGACAUUUGGGAGCUAUGAAAAUGCUGAGUCAAUAA